CGCUUAAAUUUUACAAAAGUUGUUUUUUAAAAUGGUUAGAAAACUUAAAUUUCAUGAGCAAAAGCUACUUAAAAAGGUUGACUUUUUCAACUGGAAGGAAACUAAUAAUUUGAACGAGGUAAAGGUUAUGCGAAAGUACAACAUCCAGAAACGAGAGGACUAUACAACCUACAACAAACUUUCACGCAGUAUUCGAGAUCUGGCCGCAAAAAUCGCUGAAGUUGAUCCCAAGCAUCCGUUUCGAACGGAAAUGAGCAGCUUGCUGCUGGAAAAACUCUACGUUAUGGGUCUGAUACCGACGAAAUGGGACCUCGAGAAUGCCAGUAAACUCAGUGCUUCAACCUUUUGUCGGCGGCGUCUUCCACUGGUACUGGUGAGAAACAAUAUGUCCGAGAACGUUCAGCAGGCUACACAGAUGAUCGAACACGGUCACAUACGAGUCGGGGCUGAAGUUGUCAAAGAUCCUGCCUUUCUGGUACCGCGAACGUUGGAAGAUUUCGUUACCUGGGUGGACGGAUCGGCGAUCAGAAAGCAUGUGCUAGAAUACAAUGAUAUGCGGGAUGAUUUCGAAUUAUAGUUGUGUAAAAUAAAUUUAA